CUUUUGAAUUGAUUGCAGCAGUCACAGUCCCUUGAAAAUACCUGUUACUUGUAUUCGUUGAGUAAAUGUAACACAUCUCUUUGUGAUAUUCUGGGUUAGCAUCAAAAAGACUGGAAAAUGAAAACGUCACCUGUUAUUCGGUCAGUUGUGGACCUGGAUGUAAAAAUUACGGAGCGAUUUGUGUCGUUCUUACUAGGAUUUACUUCUUUAAAGUCUCUUAAAAUUCACUGCAAGUUUCUCGAAAUAUCCUGUGACGGAAUAGCUUGGAUUUCGACAUGGAUUGCCUUUAUUUGGCUAGCUAAUUCUAGGAAAUUAUACCAAAUGCAAGCUAAUAUGCUUGUUGGAUUAAUCUUAGACAUAAUUAUUGUGGCUCUGUUGAAAGCAUACGUGCGUCGACGACGGCCGGCGGUCGUCAAGGAUAUGCUCGUAAUUGGUCCAGAUAAAUAUAGCUUUCCUUCAGGACAUGCAUCUAGAGCUUUCUAUGUUCUAGUGUUCUUUACAAAACUGCAUGCGUUGCCAAUACUAUUUUGGAUGCCAAUGACUGCAUGGGCUGUAAGUGUUGUUCUCUCUAGGCUUAUCUUAAAACGGCACUACCUUCUAGAUGUUUGUGCUGGUGCACUGAUUGGAAUUUGUGAAGCUUUGUUUCUUGGGAUAAUUUGGCUCAGUGCGGAAUCUGCCUCUUCAAUGAUUGCAUUCAUAUCUGACGAAAGUGUUGAUUAACAAAAUUAUAAUUGUUAGAAACCUGAUGAAUAAUCUUACUAGUACUUGUCAAUUAAUACUGACGGAUGAUUCAUUUAUUUUUAUACAUAUGUAUGUCGAUAUUAAACCAAAUGUGGAUUAUUUAGUCACAACAUA